AUGGCCACCGGCCCCAUCGACGACACCUGCUCCAUUUGCACCGAGGCGCUGGAGCAUGAUGUCGUGAAGUUGAUCGGCCCCAAGAGCUGCGGCCACAGUUUCCAUACCACCUGUAUCGCGACUUGGCUGUCGGGAAAUGCCAAAUGCUCAUGUCCAAACUGUCGCGAAAUCCUCUACGAAAACGCACCAGCUACACUACCUGCGCGGAUCUCAACUAGAUUAGAAUACAACGGAUACCAGCGACUAUCAGCGCCCUUCUUCGGCGUUACCCCAGUCCGUCGAUAUCUGGACCCGAUUUCGCCUGGCCUGAGACCUACGACAUCCACUUACACCCCUGCAUCUCCUAGAUACAGCCCGGCCACUCCCAAAAUCCGCUCACCUCGCUUAACGAUGCUCGAGGACGGCGCAACAUCCCCUAGAUACAGUCCCCCAACACCGCACUUCGCACCAAGAUCUCCCUCAUACGCGCCAGGACUUCCCCCAACGACGCCAACAUACAGACCUACGACUCCGACCUUCAUAGACUUAACGUAUUACUCGCCAACACCGCCGAUACUCAUGCCUGAGUCUCCGACAUACACCCCACCUUCUCCCCGAUACUAUCCUGCAUCAUUCGAAAUCAACCUUCUCUCUCCAGGAUACGCCCCGACGAGCCCCGGAAUUCGCUCACCCACCUACGGUGCUCCGUCACCAGAUUUAGAGCCAGCAUCUUCCUCGCUCUCACUAACGUCACCCACAUACACGCCUACAUCUCCUCACUUCACGCCUACAUCUACUCCAUAUGUGCGAACAUCUCCCUCAUUCUAUCGACCAUCCGGCUCUAGAUCUCCCUCAUUCUAUCGACCAUACGGCCCCGCAUCGCCCACAUAUAGCCCCACAUCUCCUGUUAUCCCGACAUCGAUAGGUUCACCUCCCAUCAACUUCACCCUGGGUAGUCCAACGUACUCGCCACCAUCGCCGUCUCGACUUCCUUCGGCUAGGAUUCAGGAGAACCGCUUGUUCCGCCGCAGACAGCGUCGCGAGGAGCAUGAGAUGGAGAGUCACCGACGUCGUUGA